AUGAGCAAUCUAACUGGUAGCAGUCAAAAUCAGAUCAGUAAGAAACUACAUCCAUGCAAUGUAUGUGACAAGUCGUACAAUCAUCGCAGUAAUCUGGCUGUACACAUGCGGGUACACAAUGGUGAGCGACCGUAUCAAUGUGGCAUAUGUGAGAAGGCGUAUGCCUCUAGCACAUCUUUGAAGAAGCAUCAAGAUUUUCAUGCGGAUAUAAGAUUCCAACCAUGUAACAUAUCAUUUUCCACUAAAAGAAAACUGGAAGAACACCGCUGGAAGCACCUGAUGCCUAAAACACCAYACCCGUGUAAUACCUGUGAAAAAUCGUUUACAAAAAUAAGUUCUUUGAUGAUUCACCAGCGGGUGCACACGGGUGAGCGGCCGUAUAAAUGUGGCAUAUGUGAAAAAGCAUAUAUCUGUAGCACAUCUUUGAAAAGGCAUCAAGAAUUACACAUGAAUAGAAUAUCGUAUCCAUGUAGCGAGUGUAAUAUGUCAUUUUCCACUAAAAGAGAAUUUGAGGAACAUCGCUGGAAGCACGUGCCUAAAAAACCAUACCCGUGUAAUACUUGUGACAAAUCGUUUAAAAAAAAAAAUUAUCUGGUGAUACACCAGCGGUUUCACACAGGUGAGCGACCGUUCCDGUGCGACAUAUGUGAAAUGUCGUUUACCACUAAAAAAAAUAUGCAGGUGCACCGGCGGAGGCACACAGGCGAAAAACCGUUUAUUUGUGCCAUUUGUAACAGGCCGUUUGGAGAUAAAAGCAAUAUGAACAGGCACAUGGCAAUACACAAGGAUGCUCAAAUYCUGUGUCCAUUGGAUGUAUGUGAAGUAUUGUUUAGUAGAGACGAAGCUGGCGAGGAGCUGGCAGACGCGCCAGUGGAUGAGAUCGUAUUCAAGUCGUUCUCAAAUAAAGGGAACUAA